AUGCAAAUUUCAACGACGAUAAUGCGAUUAGUUGUGAUUUUAAGCGUUUUAGUACAAAUUUAUGCGGACACCGUUGGCGGACCCCUGCCAUCGACGGUGGGCUCAUCGCAAUGGACGCGGUCACCGUUGGGCGCCUCGGCAAGAAUCCCCGGUCGUCCAUUGGUUCCGCUUCAGCCGGUAGCAGCAACAGCUACGACCGAGAGGGCAGCAGAACCGGCACGACACUCGAGUGGUCAACAGGCUCAGGAUCGAGGCGGUUUCCGCACGGAACGGAACGUCUACCGGACGAAGCUGUCCAAGCUGCGUCUGAUCCUGCUGGCGGACAUGUUGAAUGAAAUUCCACCACCGCAGCAGGAAUUAAUUACUUGCCUGGCGAACUCAUCCACGCUGAACGUGACCACGAAGCACUGCGACUGUGAGGCUUACUCGUGCAAGGAUCUGCUGGCCAGCUCUAGUCCUUCCCCGUUCAACCUCAUCCAGCCGAAACGAAAAAUCCACACCUCCUGCCGGGAGCACUGCUGCCGAAAGAAGAAGUUUAACCGCUCGAUCGAUCCGGCCGCCCUCGAGAAUGUGGUGGUUUCGUCGCUGACAUCAUCGCCUUCAUCAUCGUUAUCAUCGUCCUCGUCCGCGUCAGCAGCGAACGCAGCAUCCCGGCAGCGGUUCAACAGUGUCACCGUCACGUCAUCGGCUCAUCGGUCACCAUCGGUCCAACCCAACAGGGUGCAAUCGGUGGAAUCAGCGCACCACCGGACGACCGAUCCACCUUCACCGGGAACCGUUCGUGACCGUACGUCGUGCAGCAACGGAGACAUCAAUCAAAUUUCAAUUUCCAACAAUCGGACGAUAAUUCCCUGGCUGUACCGGGUCGGUUUAAUUGAAACGAAGCAUCCACUCUGCGUUGGCGCCUUAAUCCAUCCGAGUUUAAUAUUAACAACUGCAGUCUGCGUUAUAAACAAGAAGCCGGAAGAGCUGCUCGUCUGGAACGGAGCCGGAAACGAUGGAGCAGAAUCGCAGGACGUCGGACGCCCGGUGAGACGGAUCAUCCUGCCGGAGCAGUUCGCCACCACCUUCCAGCGGCUGGAGAACAAUGUUGCUCUGUUGCUGCUGCUCGAGGGUUUGGGCUCGUACCCGAAAGACAAACAACCACCGACGGCACCUGGCCGGCACGGGUCGACCAAUGUUCCAAUUCCGAUUGGCACCGGGGCGCUGCGAUCGUGGACGGUGAGCGUGCGGGGCGAUACGACGGGAGGAGGAGAACCGGAAUGGCGACGGCGGAACUCCGCCAAGAUGGAACUUUUCCGAGCGCGGCGGAAAUGGACACCGGUGCCGGCAUCUAUUUGCUUAUCAUCAAUUAUAGACCAGGCCAUGCCGGAUCCGGCGGCGUCGUUCAGCUCCACUGUCUGCCGCAUCGUUUCGCUCCACCGGCGGAAGCUACCCGAUGAAGGCGGACGAACCGGGGAUGCCCCUCCGCCAGCCAUGCUGCCCGCCCCUGGUACUAAUUACGUUACGACAAAUAUUAGCAUUUUUCCGGCCACCGAGUGCCGGCCCGAGCACCAGGAGUAUCUGCAACACGAUGGAAAUCUGUGCGCCGGCUACGGGUUGGUCCGAAACCGUAGCAUCGAUGUGGAGUAUAGCGGUUCACCACUGAUUUGCGACGUGCCACAGCCCGAUGGUAGAGUGUUUCGCACCGUGCGCGGAUUGCUCACGUGGUCCACCGACAUCAAUCAUGCGCCACAUCUCUUCACCAACCUGACCACCUACCGGCCGUGGAUCGAACGUGAAAUCGAACGGCUCGAGGCGACAGCGGAACCGCAACGGGCAACGUCCCCAUCGGAACCUAUUAUCCUGCGAUCCGUGCCGUACGCGCCACCGCGUGUCCCGAGUGUUCUGUACGGGUGA